GGGGUCCCUGUUCUGUUGGUGGGGGGGUCCCCGUCUUGUCGAGGGGGUCCCUGUACUGUUGGGGUCACGGAGACGAGAGAGAGGCUGAGGCAGGCAGGGAGGGAGUUUAAUUCGACGAAGGUGGAAUUCAUUGAUCGCCGCUGUCGCGUCGCGUUAGUCGCGCGUGCAGCGUCGACCUCCAGGGGCUGUGGUGGUGGUUGUGGUGGUGGUUGUGGUUGUUGUGGUGGUUGUUGUUGUGGUGGUUGUCAUCGCCCUGUCGACUGAUUGCGCGAGCCGCAAGUUGAACGUGGAGUGUCGCAGCGCGCACCGUCGCCACUCGCGUUCGUCGCUUCACGGUGUUUGUGGUGCCGACAACAACACCACCACCAACACCACCACCACCUCCACCACGACGCCGUCGUGAGCGUUGUUGACACGCGAUCGUCAACGCCGACCGGCGCACGCGUGCACAUGGCGCAGCAUCAUCGUCACGGCGACAUAUCAACACCCACAGCGCCGCCGAACCGCUGAUAUCGGCGCACGAAGUUCACCGCAGAUCGAUUAUCAGUCGAUAUGCGCGCACCGUCUGUUACCCAUCACGAACGUAGGGUGCAGUGCGUGACUUUCACCUUCACUCGCGUCACGGCCACUGGAUAAUCGUGACAUUUAAUGAAGAGAUUGUGCAAUCGAUAGAAUCGCGCGAAAUCACUGAUUUUGCAUUGAUCGCACAAUCACGCGGCACUUAAAUCGUCGCACACGUACAGCGGCUUAAGCACCUCCAAUUAGCACGGUUGGCUACGUACGGUGCGAACGAAGUCCAACGUGCGUGCGCACAUCUUAGAGCGGACCCGAGACACCGCAGGGGGCAACCCCUCUCCUCCCUCGCCACGACGCGGUCCCCGGGACAUGCGGGGCCCAUGGAGGCACGAGGAGACGUGGGCCCCGUGGGGGGACGAAGAGGACGGGACACGGGCCCCGUGGAGGUGCGAGGAGGAGCACGACCCGGUGGAGGGGACACGGGGACCAGGGAGGGGCAGGGGGAAGGCUCGCACCGGGACCCCAAGGGGAACCGGCGCCCGAGGCCUGACCCUUCUCUCUCCUCGCCCCCGCGGGCCCCGCGUCUCCCCUCGCCCUUCGGGGGUCGCGAGGAGGAGCCACGGACCCCGCGAGGCUCGGGCCCUGGAAGCAGCAGAGGGGGGGAGCGGCGGCGCCGGAGGCGACAGCGGGAGGAGUCCGGGAGGCUGCCCCCACUGGGGCCGGGCACACGGGGAAUGCUCACCUCUCCCUACCUGCCGGAGCUGAGCAACGGCGAGACAGACGAGGAUCGCACAAGGAGCCUGGGACGUCUAUCGCUCCCGGCUCCCCCCUGCCUCUUCCAGGCGGCUCCAGGGCAGGAGCUGCCUGACAUCCGAGCACAGAAGAGCAGGGCGUCUCCUCACGUCCCGCGGUACAGGACCGCACGCCAGUUCGUCGAGGAUGUGGAGAGUGCCCAGGGAAGCGGCGACUGGAGUCUCGUGCGGGAGUUCUACGCCCGCACCUUCGACUCCUUCCAGGAGGUGAACUCGGCUUUUAAGAAAGAGCUACACAUGGGACUGGAUGGAGCAGGAGUCCACAUUGCGUUACUCGAUGCGGUCUACGAUGUCAUCCUGUACACGCCCGCAGAGGUGCAGAAGGCCGCGCUGAAGGGAAUCAUCAACAGCCUGCUGCGCGAGUGGAGGGGACCGAGGACUAAAGAUGAUUUGCGAGCAUACUUCAUCCUGUUGCAGAACCCACAGUUUGGACAGAGUAGCACGUGUGUCAUUUUUGCGCACGUGCUGCGCCAGGUGUCGGCACUGCUGCUCCCUGAGCAGCGCACGCUCGUGCACUGGCUGCACCGGCUGCACAUCUCGCGGUUCCGGGCGUUGCUCGGGCAGCUGCACGCGCUGGUGACGCUGCGCAUGAGCCAGGACGAAGGUGCUCAGCUCCCGCCGCCAGCCAAGAGCAGCUGGUGGAUCCCGGCUGCCGUGCGCGUCACGGCCUUGCUCUAUGCAGCCAAUGUGCUGGGUGCAUCCCCUCGGCUGCCCUACUCCGAGUUCUACAAUUCUUCUCUCGACCACGUGGACCUGACCCAGGAGUACCUUGCUUGGCAGUGCAACCCACGUGCCAAAAGGUUCUCAUUUUGCCAGUUUCCAUGGAUGCUGUCCAUCCACGCCAAGAAGGCCAUCAUCCAGCAGGACUCGGAGCAGCAGAUGGUCACCAUGGCCAGGCGCAGCGUGGUGGAGCGCGUCUCACGCCGGGAGCGGCCCGACGUCGACUCGCUGUUCCUCACCCUGAGAGUGCGACGUGCACACCUCGUGGUCGACUCACUCAGCGAGCUGGCACGCAAGCGUGCCGAGCUGAAGAAGAAGCUGCGUGUGGAGUUUGUUGGCGAGGUGGGGCUGGACAUGGGCGGCCUCACCAAGGAGUGGUUCCUGCUGCUCAUCCGACAGGUCCUGCGCCCUGACUACGGAAUGUUCGUGUACCACAGGGAGGCACGCUGCUACUGGUUCCGCAGCUUCAACUGCGACAACUACUCGGAAUUCUCUCUCAUCGGGACCCUGAUGGGGCUCGCUGUGUACAACAGCAUACCCCUGGACCUUCACUUCCCGCUGUGCUGCUACCGCAAGCUACUGAGCCCGCCGCUGGCGCCCAGUGAGCCCGGCGUGCCCGUGGGGCUCUGCGCGCUCACGCUCGGCGACCUGGGCUGCGUCAUGCCGGAGCUGGCACGCGGGCUGCAGGAGCUGCUUCUGUACGAAGGCGACGUGGAAACAGACAUGUGUGCUACCUUCCAGGUUUCAAGCGAUGAGUUUGGUUCUGUGAGAAGUCACGAGCUGUGUCCAGGAGGUGCCUCCAUCCCUGUCACCAAUCUGAACCGAGACGAGUUUGUGGCCAUGUACGUGGAUUACCUUCUCAACACGUCGGUGUGCCAGCGGUUCGCUGCCUUCUACCACGGCUUCCACAGCGUGUGCACCUCUCCGGCACUCGCAAUGUUGCGUGCGGAGGAGGUGGAGACGCUCGUGUGCGGCUCCGCGACCCUGGACCUCCGGGCCCUGCAGUCGGCCACCGAAUAUGAGGGCUACACCGCCAGCGACCCCACCGUGCGGUAUUUCUGGGAGGUGGUGCACGAAUUCGCCCUCGACCUGCAGAAACGCCUCCUGCACUUUGCGACGGGAAGCGACCGGGUGCCAGUGGGCGGUGUGCAGGAGCUGCACUUCAAGAUUUCGCGCAUCCACGUGCCCACCGACUGGCUGCCCGUGGCGCACACAUGCUUUAAUCAGCUGUGCCUGCCCCCGUACCGCUCUCGCCGCUCCCUGCGGACCAAGCUGUGCAUCGCCAUCUCCAACUCGGAGGGCUUCGGCCUCGAGUGACCGACCAAGAGGCGUCUCGGAAGCCAGUGCCUGGAUGGGCGGCCUCCACGCCUGGACGGUGUUACGGCGCCACGUUGUGUGCGGCGAUGGGCAGCGAUGGGCAGCGCAGAAACAUUCGCCGGUUUUGCCGAAUCGUGUUUCUUACGCUCCCUCGUCUACGCCGUCUGCCUCCACCGGCACGCACUGGGCAGCAUUGUGGGCAAAGGCCCGUGGGCCCCCAGUACAGUUGCACGGCCUGAGCACUCGACAGUUCAUGCCGCUGCGGACCACCAUCGCGAUGGUGUGUUGAAGUUCAGUAGUGUCUGGUUGUGUUGCAGUAAAACCCCGCUGCCCGUCCCAGUGGUCCCGUAGCUGUUUUGUAUAAACUCCCUCACUACCCUCCGUGUUUUACUCGGGUAGAGCGGUGCUGCGGUGGUUCGUGCACCGCUCUAGUUACCCAGCGACCAGAGUUCAAUUCCCGGCCAUGACCAACGUCCGUUGCGAGCGAUGUCCGAACCGGUGCUUGACCCCCACUUCGCCAACCCGCACUGACCAGCGUGGUGAAGUAUGGUCAAACGAUCCCCAUGAAUGACGUGGCAUGGGGAGGCCUUUUAGCCAGCAGUAAGGACAGUACGUGGGUUAUUCGUGUGGCUAUCAAACCACAAAUGCUACACUAAGGCGUAGAGUGACAAAGCCCUGUAAAUAAUGUAUUUUCCGAAACACAGUUUGCAAAUAUAUUAACGUAUAAUUAUAUAUAUAAAAGAUAAAUAGUUGCCGCUUUGAAGAUACAGAGGUCAGUGAUGAAACACGCUCGUCUCUUCUUCACACUGGGAAUGUUACAUUGUGUUUUUCACUUUUAAUCUGGCAAAGCGUGAGUACAGGAGGCAUGCCAAGUGCACUUUGUUGCCACCUCUAAUAAACUUGGUG